CUCCUCACAAGCACGUGGUGUUAGUAAAAGAGAAGAAAGCACGCCAUUUGUACAAAGACUUGGUUAGCUGACAUUGUUUCGUGUCUAGGCAAGACUUAAAAAAUGCGUUACGUGGCAGCAUACCUUUUGGCAUCACUGGGUAGUAGUAAGGACAGCCCGACCAAGGAGGACAUUACUAAAAUCCUAGAAUCGGUAGGACUGGAAAUUGAAGACGAUCAAUUGGACAAAGUAAUCUCUGAGUUGAAAGGCAAAGACAUCAAUGACGUCAUAGCAGAAGGAAUGGGUAAACUUGCCUCUAUCCCGUCAGGGGGUGUGGCAGCUGCUAGCGGUGGUGGUGGCGGAGCAGCUGCUGGAGGAGGAGGUGACGGUGGAGAGAAAGAAGAGAAGAAAGAGGAGAAGAAAGAAGAGAGUGAGGAGGAAAGUGAUGACGAUAUGGGCUUUGGACUCUUUGAUUAGAAUUUCAAUCUCCUCUUAUAAUGAGAUUUUUUGUUAUUUAAAUAAAUGAAGAUUCAUUUUCCUAAUUAUC